CUGGCCCUAUGGGGCUUAGCCCCAGUAUCUCGAAUGGAUCAAAUACCUGUCCCGGGAGACCUGUGCCUCAAGCCUGAUGCACCUCUCCCAACACCUUGGUCACCAAGACUCAGGCUUUCUUCUCUGAAACUUUGAUCUCCUCCCUGCUCAGCUUCCCUCCAGCACAGAGAGUCUGUCUUGUACAGUGAAAUUCUUAAUUACAGAUUGCCUGUCUGCUAUUGUUUUCUUUUGUUUCAUGUGUGUUGGGAGGGAUAGAGCGCAGUGGUUCUCGGGCCAAGCUGCCAGGGUUCAGUCCUCACUCUGCUUGCUGGCUGUGUUACUGGGAGGUAAUGUGGCCUCUCCUCUGCCUCAGUUUCCUUAUCUGUAAAAUGGGGUUGAUAGUCGCAGUGCCCACCUCAUAGGGUCAAUGUACAACGCUAAUGUUAAAAUGUGUAAAGUGCUGGGAACCGUGAGGGUCUGUGCCUGAGCUCAUCGUUACUCUUCUUGUCCACCUGGUCCCAGAGAGUUUGCCUUGAUGCACGCCACCAGCCCCUGCAUCUAGAAAGGCUGAACCACAGAAAGAUGGCCCCAGGUGGUGCAUGGCCACCAGGCAGGCGAGUGAAGACACCUGUCCUGGAACCUCCCUCUGCAGGUCUGGUGGCUGGAGGACAAGCCAGUGGUGGUCUUUGCUGGGCCAGGUGACUGCCCACCCUAGGAGGAGAGACAAGGGUGUGGAGAUCUGGGCUCCUGAUUCUGCCUACUCACCUCCCCUCUGUGGGGUCUUGGCUGCCCACUUGCCUCCUCUGGGUCUCAGUUUCUUCAUCUGUAAACAGGAAACGAGAGCUUCCUCUCAAGGGUAUGUGGAGAUGAAAUGAGACAGCAUGUGUGAAGAGCCUGCCUGGUCAAUGUGAGUGCUGUUGAGGACAGCAAUGGAGAGUAAACUCAGCAAGGGGCAACCGCCAGCCCAAGCAGCAGCGGCAUGGGCAGCGCCAGCCCAGGCCUGAGUGGCGUCCCCCCCAGCCUCCUCCUGCUGCCCCCCGACACUGUGCUACGGACUGGCCUGGAGAAGGUGGCAGUGGGGGAAGGGGCACUGGGGCCCGAGAGACGGGACUGGAGCCCCAGCCCACCUGCCACACCUGAGCAGGGCCUGUCCACCUUCUACCUCUCCUACUUCGACAUGCUGUACUCUGAGGACAGCAGCUGGGUGGCCAAGGGCCCCGGGGCCAGCACUCGGGAGGAGCUGCCUGACGAGCCCGAGCAGUGCCCCGUCAUCGACAGCCAAGCCCCGGCGGGCAGCCUGGACCUGGCAUCGGGUGGGCUGACCCUGGAGGAGCAUUCACUGGAGCAGGUGCAGUCCAUGGUGGUGGGCGAGGUGCUCAAGGACAUCGAGACGGCCUGCAAGCUGCUCAACAUCACGGCAGACCCCGUGGACUGGAGCCCUGGCAACGUGCAGAAGUGGCUCCUGUGGACGGAGCACCAGUACCGGCUGCCCUCCGUGGGCAAGGCCUUCCAGGAGCUGGGGGGUAAGGAGCUGUGUGCCAUGUCGGAGGAGCAGUUCCGCCAGCGCUCACCCCUGGGCGGGGACGUGCUGCACGCCCACCUGGACAUCUGGAAAUCAGCGGCCUGGAUGAAAGAGAGGACGUCCCUGGGGGCGAUUCACUACUGUGCGUCGACCAGUGAAGAGAGCUGGACGGACAGCGAGGUGGACUCGUCCUGCUCCGGACAGCCCAUCCACCUGUGGCAGUUUCUCAAGGAACUGCUGCUGAAGCCACACAGCUAUGGCCGCUUCAUCCGGUGGCUCAACAAGGAGAAGGGCAUCUUCAAAAUCGAGGACUCCGCGCAGGUGGCCCGGCUGUGGGGCAUCCGCAAGAACCGCCCUGCCAUGAACUACGACAAGCUGAGCCGCUCCAUCCGCCAGUAUUACAAGAAGGGCAUCAUCCGCAAGCCGGACAUCUCCCAGCGCCUGGUCUACCAGUUCGUGCACCCCAUCUGAGUGCUGCGGCCAGGCCCCAGGCCCGAACCUUGCCCUUGCCAGACCUCCCUCCUGCCUGCCCUGCCUCAGCCAGAUCCUGAGCUGAGGGACAGGGCAGUCUGCUGGCAUCCGGAGUUCAAGGUCAGGGAGGGGAUGGCCCCUCGCUCCACGGGUGUCAGUGAGCUCUCUGGGGCCCGAGGGACCCCGGGGUGGGCGUGCUUUUUCCCUGGGCCCGACUGCUCCUGCACCCAGUCCACUGGAGGACAGGGGAAGCCAGGGCUGUUCUCAGUGUUCAUGGCACCCCAGGGAAGGCCCUCCCUCCACCCAGCCUCUGACCCCAGAAGUUCCAGAGCAGAGCCAACAGAAUGGCAGUGACUUGGCCAAGGCCACUCGCAGUCCAGUGCCCUCUGCCACCCAUUCUGUACCGUGCCUGGCAUGGUGCGGGGACAUCUACACCCCCAAGUUGGGAAGCCAGGGGUGCCCUGGGGACGGAUAAUAAAGAUACUAGAGAAUUGA